AUGGCCACUAAUCAAGCAUGUUUAGAUAUUGGUGACUUGAUUAAUGUUCUUGACUUAUUGGAGAAAUGUUGCUUUCCAGAAAAGAAAUGGUAUAAGCUGGGACUGAGACUAGGACUAAAGAAGAACACACUAGAUACAAUAGAAAAGAAUCAUCCUCAUGAUGAACUAAAAGAAAAGGAUAAAGACUUAGUACAUACAGAAGUUAUUUCUUAUAUUAUACUUAAAGAAACUGAAUAUAAACUAAGAGAUGCUAUCAGUAGCAAAGAGAAGGAAAGAAUUGAAUUGAAACAAGAAAUAUCAAUGGCUCAAGUAACUGAGGAAGAAUUAUUGUCUGUUCAAAGUGAUACUGAAUCAGUUAAAGAAGUUGAGGAAGAACCACUUUAUGAAGAGUUGACUGUAUUGAGCUCUCAGUUUAAUGAGAUAAAAGAAAAAAACAAAGAAUUGACUGACAAAUUAUCAAAAAUGAAGAUUGAGUUUUUGAGAUCACUUUCUAGUAAAAGUGAUUCAGCUGUUAGCAAAGUGAGAAGAGGAAUGUCUUUUGAAAUUGAUGACUGCAAAUUUCAGCUUGAAGCAAUGACAAGACCAGACUAUCAGCCAUGGGUAGAUAAUAAAAGAAUGAUAGAGAAAUUACAAGAAAGGAUAACAUUAAUGAUAAUGGAACUGAUGACUGAAAGAGAGCACAAUGAGAAGAUUAUAAAAGAUAUUAAAGUUUUGAAAAAAACUGAGGAGAAGACUAAGAGACAGAGAAAAAAGGGAAAACAAAUUGAAGAAGAAAUGUGUUUAAUCAUAUUAUAUUGUAAUCAUCCUGUUACUGGGGAAUUAAACAGUUCAUUCCUUGAAGUACACAAAGAUGAAUUACUACCCAUUGUAUUGGAUAUAGCUUAUGAGACAAUGGAAUUAGCUCCUCAUAUUCCUAUUGAGAGAUGCCGUUUAGUUAAAUAUGAUUAUGAUUUCAACAUCUAA